AUGGAAUUUGAAUCCGAGGUAGCAACUUAUGAUUUUUAUAAUGAGUAUAGCAAGAAAAUGGGGUUCAGAAUUCGCCGCGAAUAUGGGAAUAAAAGCAAAAUUGAUGGAGUUCUAACUUCCAGAAGAUUCACAUGCUUCAAAGAGGGUAAUCGAGGUGUUGACAAGCGAGAUUACUUGACAAAAGAGCCUAGAGCAGAAACAAGAACUGGAUGUCAAGCACGCAUGGUUAUUUCGCUUGAUCGGAAGAUUGGAAAAUACAAGGUUGUUGACUUUGUUGCUCAACACAAUCACAUGCUUCAACCAAAUGAGUAUGUUCAUAUGUUGCAAUGUCAUCCUCUACUUAAGUAG